AUGGCCCUCAGCAGAUUCUGCAAAUGGAAAGAGAGGAGCUGGAGAUGCUGCAGAACCUGCCAGCUGCAGCCCUGCCAACCGCCGCCCCCCCCGCCCGCCUCCUCCUGGGCUGGGUUUUUCCAGCCAGAGCCCCGCUCCCUCUACUGCAAGCUCUGGAAAUUGAUGUCUGACGCGGCUGCUCCUGCACGUUAUUUAUUUAUUUCCUCUCCUCUUCCCGCCGAGACGACCCUCCGGUCAGGAGAGCCGCAGCCAGGACGCGGCAGGGGCUGCGGAGGCAGGGAGCAGGCAGGGAGAACAGAGGGCAGGACCACUCAGGAGCCCCCGGCCCGCCCCAAGGGGGCCAUGAGCAUCAGGCCGGAGGCCCCGCGGGAGGAGGGCGACGCCGGGGACAGGGGCCGGGAGGCAGAGCUUCGGGGCCGAGCCCGGCUGAGCCAGCAGCGCCGGCUCAGACAGGCCACCCAGUUCCUGCACAAGGACUCGGCCGACCUGCUGCCCCUGGACGGCCUCAAGAGGCUCGGCACCUCCAAGGACUGGCAGCCACACAGCGUGAUCCAGAGACGCCUGGUGGUGGAGGGGAGCCCGGGCCGGCCUCAGGGGGAGCCUCCCCGGGCGCAGGCCCCGAUUCACAGCCAGGAGAGCAGGACGAUGACCAGCAAGCCCGAGAAGCCAGCGCUUCUGGUCAAUUGCAAGUGCCGGGACCAGGAGCUUCAGGUGGCGGUGGACACGGGCACCCAGUACAAUCAGAUCUCUGCGGGAUGCCUCAGCCGCCUCGGGUUAGGGAAGAGGGUCCUAAAAGCCCCAGGUGGGGACCUGCACCCGGGGCGCCCAGCCCUGGUGGAGCAGCUGGAGCUACAGCUGGGCCAGGAGACCGUGGAGUGCUCGGCUCAGGUGGUAGAUGUGGAGAGUCCUGAACUCUGCCUUGGCCUGCAGACCCUGCUCUCUCUCCAGUGCUGCAUCGACCUGGAGCAUCACGUGCUGCGGCUGAAAGCCCCGUUCUCAGAGUUGCCCUUCCUGCCUUUGUACCAAGAGCCCGGCCAGUGA